CGUAAUGGCAACCACAGUUUCAGGAACAGAGAGUAGCUUUGGGAUUAGUGGAGCUGGUGGUCGUUCAAGUAGUAAAGUUAACUUGAUUCAGGAUAAUACAGAAUCUAAGGUGAUCACUCAAGUCGAAAAUGAAGUUAGUGCAGAACUACGCAAAGUACAUGAUGUGGAUAUUAUAGAACUUGAAUUGCCACGUAUAAAGGCCGAGGGCAAAAAGC